UCCGUCGGCCUUUCCGCCAGUGAAACUCCGUCGUCUGCUACACGCGCGUGCGACGCCGCAGAAGAAACCCGCGAGGAAUAGCAGAAGACAGCUCGACGAACGAACGAUACAUUUCGGUGUUAAUUGUGCCAAUGAGGAAGGAAGAAAUUAUCUUCGCAUGAACUGCGGUGGGUUGUCGUGAUGUAGUGGCCUUUUUUUGGAGUGUUGACAUCGUUGAGUUCAGGAAGUGAAGGUACUUCGCCGCAGAGGGUAUUUGAGACACCGAGGAUCAAGUAUCGGACGAAACAGACCGCAGAGCCCCGGAAGGCUCCGUCAUUGCACCGGUGUUAGCCGCACCUAUCAACAUGGGUGCCGUACUCACUCGCAUGGACUCCCUGACAGAGGGAGGCUUCCGCAUAUCGGUAGUGACCGGAGACCGACGUGGCGCGGGGACAGACGCAAACGUUUGGAUCCGUCUGCACGAUGUCGACGGACGCAAGUCACCGGUGAUCACGCUCAAUCACACCUUCAAGAACGACCACGAAAGAGGGGAGACUUCGUCCUUCUCUGUCAAACCCGUCUUGAGCUUCGGAACGUUGGAAAAGGUGGAGCUGUGGAGAGACACUUUCGGUUUCGGCCACGCGUGGUUCGUGGACAGAAUCGAAGUGCUGGAUAUGUUCUCCGGCGAACUGUUUGUGUUCCCCUUCCACCGAUGGGUGCCUCCAGACAUUCAUUUCUUCGUGGGUCUCUACGACUGCGUCCUGCCACAUUCUGACCCACACCAAACGCAAAGACGAGACGAACUCCGAAGGAAACGACAGCUCUACCGGUACAAGGCGUGGAUUCCCGACGGCCCUACGCAGAGCUACAGCCUCCCCGAAGACGAGCGUUUCUCACACGAGUACAAGUGGGACAUCGUCUCCAUGAAGGCGCGUAUGAUGGUAGAAACAAAGCUCAUCAAGAUCAAAGUCUUCAACUGGGAGUCUAUGGAAGACCUCAGGCAUGUCUACAAGUACAGCCUCGGAGAACCAAAGAGCUUAGACCACUGGAACGAAGAUCGCUGGUUUGGUCUUCAGCGGGUGCAAGGAGUGAACCCUUUUUUGAUCCAGUUGUGCACCGAAAUACCGGAAAAGUUUGCAGUAACUGCUGAUAUGGUGGAACCUUUUCUGGAAGGGCUCACUUUAGAAAUGGCGCUGGUGCAAAAGAAAAUAUUUAUGACGGACGUGUCACUCGUGGAAGGUGUAGAACUAGUCAAAGGAGGGCAGUUAUGGGGAGCCAUGGCCCUUUUCUUCUUGAACAAGCGGGAUGACUUGAUGCCCAUUGCCAUUCAGUGUUGGCAGAACCCAGGACCGGACAACCCGGUGUUCCUGCCAAGUGACCCGCCACGCACUUGGAUCGCGGCUAAAAUGUUCUAUAAUAACUCGGACGCAAGCUUCCAUCAGUCAUGCUCGCACUUAGGUUUCACACACCUACUCAUGGAAGGAGUCACAGUUUGCUCUCACAGAAACCUCAGCCCUUCCCAUCCGCUCUUCAAGCUGAUGGCACCUCAUUUUCUCUUUCUGAUUGCAAUCAAUUCACGUGGUCUAAGCAAGCUGAUCAGUCCUGGAGGCUGGGUAGACAAGACACUGUCUGUCGGCGUCAGCGGAAUGUUUGAGAUUAUUCGCCGAGGACUUGAGAUCUGGAAGCUCGAAGUCCGUGGUAAUCCAGAAAGAGACAUUGAGUCCCGAGGGGUGCUGAGCAAAGAUGUUCUUCCGUGGUACCCGUACAGAGACGACGCCAUUCGCAUCUACAAGGCCAUCAGGAGAUACGUUUCAAAAAUCGUCCAUUAUUAUUACGCCAGUCCCGAUUCCCUGGAGAACGACUACGAGCUUCAACAGUGGAGAGAUGAGCUAGUCAAAGAAAGGCAUCUCACCGGAGUUGGCCUUAAAGGCGUUCCUGGUGAAGCCAACGGUCGGUUCACGACACUCGACGAAGUGAUCGACACGGUCGCCGCCAUCAUCAAUCAAUGCAGCGUUGGACAUGCGGCUGCGAACUUCCAGCAGUACGAGGAUUACGCCUUCCCUCCAAAUUACCCGGCGUUCUUGGACGGAAUGCCGCCGACAGACAAGAGAGAAUACACAGAGGACGACCUAGUCAAACUGCUGCCGUCCAAGGAAGCCACGUUGGACAGCAUGAUCAUUACGAAGUUGCUCAGCAGCAAAGGGACGAAUUCGUUGGGUGAUUUCGAAGUGCAGUACAUGUACGAACCUGAAGCGGUCGACGCAGCGAGGCAGUUCCGAGAAGAUCUGCGAAAGAUAAGCGACGAGAUCAAGGCCAGAAACGCCGUUCGAGAUUUGCCCUAUCCCUACCUGGACCCCGAGAUUGUUCCAAACUCCAUCAGUAUUUGAGACCAUGCACGGCCUGAGCGCACUGCAGUCAUCAUUAUUUUGUAUCACAGUUGUAAAUACCGCCUCCUUCUCAUUACUGCUUUUAGCAGGUGAUAUCAUGGUCCAAUAAAUUAUAUAUUUGUA